CUAUCUUUUCCGACUCUUUGAUCUGGCUUCCGUUGUGGAUGGAGAAAACAAGAUGAGUUACCCAUAAUCAUGCUAAACUAAAGAUUUAAAUUUCCAUUUUGGAAAUUAGAGAUCUACAUAUUUUGCGAUAUAAUUGUAACUUAAAUAAACAAUGCCAAAGCUAAACAUUAUUGUAGCUGCCUGCAAUAACAAUGGUAUAGGCAUUGAAGGUCGUUUACCAUGGCGUUUAAAAAGCGACAUGUCAUUUUUUAAACAGAUAACUUUAAGAACACAAGAUGCUGAAAAAAAGAAUGCAGUUAUCAUGGGAAAAAAUACCUGGUUCUCCAUUCCCUCUAAAUUUCGCCCUCUUGUUGGAAGGAUCAAUGUAGUGCUUAGUACCCAGAUGACAGAUGCCCCUGAAGGAACUCAACUGGCAAAAAGUUUGAACCAGGCUGUGUCAUUGCUUGAAUCUCUUAAUGUUGAAAAUAUUUUUGUUAUUGGGGGAUCAACUGUUUAUAAACAAGCAAUGGAAGGAGAACAUCCUUGUAGAAUUUAUUUGACACGCAUUGCUGCCGAUUUCUUGUGCGAUACUUUUUUACCAGAUAUCACAGACAAGCAGUUUAAGCAGAUUCCCAAUCCCCCUUAUGUACCAGAUAAUGUGUUUGAUGAAAAUGGGAUUAAGUAUUCUAUUCAAGUUUAUGAAAAAAUCUAAUGUGACGUGGGCUGUUAUUAGUUGUACCUAACGAGGCAGAAAUAAAAUUUCCCCAGACACUACAGCUUGUUCUCUAGCUCUAAUGCUUUUGUCUAACACUGAGUACAAAACGUGGCUAGCAUUUACAGUACAGUGCAAGACCAAUGGCUAGUGGGACAAGACAAAUGGAUAAGACAGAGCUAGCAGGACAAGUCAGAUGACUUGAAAAAUCGCUUGUAAUAGCGCAGUAAUAAGUCCUUCAAUUAAGAAAUUUUAACUCUUUUUUAAAAUCAAUAAAGCAUCCAAGUCAAAUUUGAUGAGAUUGCAUUGUUAUUGGGUCUUGACGCACGUGCCAAGUUUCAUUGAAAUUUGUUGGUUAGAAGUGGCUGAAAUUUUGUUUGCCAGUUUCAAUCCAUGAUGCCAAAAGAACGACAGUCAGAGGAAGCAAGUUAAAUAAAAGCGUGUAAAAAGUUAACUAAACAUCCAAUUUAGUUACAUUUAUGUCGAAUUGCAAUGUGAUAGAUCCUUGAAAUUUGGUUAAAUUUAUUGAAACGGUACUUUAAAGUUUAAACACAGGGGUAGGAUAGGAAAACAGCUUUUCUGAAGGUUUUAAAGCUUCAAAAGUUGUCAGUCUCGUUUUAGAUUUUUGUGCGAUUACAAUUGUCCUUUGUCCCCAUCAACUGGGUGGAUUACACGA